AUGUCCCGCCGCAAGCAGGCCAAGCCGCAGCAUCUCCGGGAGGAGGAGGAAGGACCGGCUAGGACCCGAGUCUCAUACUCAGACAAUGGUAUCUUGGAGUUCCGCGGCUCGGAGCGUUGCUAUGGCAGCAAGGAGACGCACGUGUGUGACAGGUGCUGCGCCGAGUUCCUCACCUGGCCCGACCUGGGCCGCCACCGGAAGCUCUGCGACGAGCUCCCGCUGGUGCUCAUCGUGAAGGACGAUUACGGGACGGAGGCUGUCCACGAUCGCACCUCCCUCGGGCCCUCGCCGGGGCCCAGCGUGGCCCCCAGCGACUCCAGUCUGGAGGACUCCACAGACGAGGGCCCCGAGGUCGGAGAGCCGCCUGCGAACGACACUGACCACCUGUUGUGUGGGGUUCUAGAGGAGGAGGGGGAACCGGAGGAGCCCAUGGAUCUAGAAGCCCGGGCGGAGAUCCCCCAGUUCACCGCCCCGACCGGCAGUCCUCAACCACCGGAUUUGACCGAGUUCGGGUCCCCUCAGCCGUCCACCUCCGGUACCCACAGCAUGCCCAGUACCAACGUCACGCUGGAGAUCCUCCGGGGCACCAGGGUGGCCGUGGCCCAGUUCUCCCAGGGUAUAAGCGCCGGAGGAGGGGCGGGCGGGAAGGCCGCCUCGGUUGCCAUCCCCGUGAUCCUGGAGCAUCUGCUGGCUCUGCAGCAGCAACAGGUGCAGCAGCUGCAGCUCAUCGAGCAGAUCCGCAGCCAAGUGGCGGUCAUGAACAGACAGCCCACGCAGGCCGCCCUGAACCCCGUCUCCAGGGCCCUGACCCUGGCCCCGACCAACCCUUUCCCGUCGCAAGGCCUUGUCCCCCCGCCGGUUCUCCCGCUGUCGGGGGCCAUGCCCUCGCCUGUCAAUGGCCAGGCCUCCGUCUCGUCGUCCCCCAGCCUGGAGAGGUCGCAGACUCUGGCGUCUCAAAACGCACACAGGCUCUCCGUCGGUGAUUACAACGAGAUUACGUCCCCCUCAGCGUACGCAGAGAUGUCGGCCGCCGCCUCCAUCUCCAGCUACACCAGUCACACCCCCACGUUACCGCCUUCUUACAUGAGCUCCCAGACCGGCGGCGUCGGCGGCGGUCAGACACUGAGCUCCUCUGGACCUCUGGACCGGGGGCAGCACGGCGGCCUCCUCCUCAGCUCGCCUUCCUCCUCCAGCCUGGCGUUCCUACCUCACAGCCCCCCUAGUGGCGUCAUCUUCCCCAACCCCUUGGCCAGCAUCGCAGCGACAGCUCACGCACUCGACCCCAUCGCCGCCCUCCUGAAGCACCGGAAGGGAAAGCUGCCCAACGUGUCCUUAUUCAACACCAAGCCCAGCCCGGAGGAGCCCUUCUUCAAGCAUAAAUGCCGCUUCUGUGCCAAAGUGUUUGGCAGUGACAGUGCUCUGCAGAUCCACCUGCGCUCCCAUACAGGGGAGAGGCCCUUCAAAUGCAACAUCUGUGGCAAUCGCUUUUCCACGAAAGGAAACUUAAAGGUCCACUUCCAGAGGCACAAAGAAAAGUAUCCUCAUGUUCAGAUGAACCCCUACCCCGUGCCAGAGUACUUAGACAAUGUGCCAACCAGCUCCGGGAUUCCCUAUGGGAUGUCAUUUCCCGCAGAAAAACCUGGAUCUUCAUGGCUGGACAGCAAACCGGUGGUAGCGACCCUGCCCACCCCUAUAGGCCUUCCGCUCUCCUCUGCCCUUACCAGUAUAGGAAGCUCAAAUGACCCCUUAAGCGUAACACCAUCCAUUAAAUCUCCCUACCGGCCACCAUCGGGUGAAUGCGUGUCUUUGUCCCCUGCUAGUGGCGGCACCGAGCCUCAUAUAACUCCUGUUUCCGAGUCUCCACAGUUGAGCUGCCAGGACUCGGCCCCCGACAAGCUAAAAACAGAGGGAGUGCACCUGCCCCAAAACUGCAUCCAAAGAUUGAUGAGCAACCCAGUUACUGUAACGACCGGGACCUCCGCCGCCGGCACCGCAGCCCCGUCCGAGCCCACCACACCGGAGCCCCUCUGUCCCAGCUCCCCCUUCUCCAACACCAACCCCCUACUGUACCCCUCAGACCCGGCCAAGUUCUCGCCCAACGGCCUCCUGGACUCUAUGCACACGUCGGAGACCUCCAUGCUGGAGCGGCUGGUGGAGAACAUUGACAGGAAGAUGACGGACCCCAACCAGUGCGUCGUGUGCCACCGCGUCCUCAGUUGCCAGAGCGCCCUCAAGAUGCACUACCGCAUCCACACCGGCGACCGGCCCUUUAAGUGCAAGAUCUGCGGCCGGGCCUUCACCACCAAGGGCAACCUCAAGUCCCACGUGGGCAUCCACCGGGAGACCCCGCCGGUGCUGGUGCAGCACUCGUGCCCCAUAUGCCAGAAGAAGUUCACCAACGCCGUGGUGCUUCAGCAGCACAUACGCAUGCACAUGGGCGGGCCCCUUCCGGAACCCUCCGACGCCGCCGCCGAAGACCCCAGGGAGGUGGACGGCGGCGCCUUGCGGCGCGGGAACCACUUCGACAGCCUCAGCAGCAACGACAACGACCCCGCGGACGACCUUUCGUUCGAGGACGACGGAGAGGAGGAAGAGGAAGGGGAGAACAUGGAGGAGGUGGAGGAGGAGGGGGAGGAGGAGGAGGAGGAGGAGGGGGCGGCGAGUCCCGCUAAGCGCUUUAGCUCUCCUCGCUACUCCCCGUCGAGGACCUCGGCCGUGGUCUCCAGCAUAGCGGCGCUGGAGAACCAGAUGAGGAUGAUUGACUCCACGGUGAACCUGAACCACUCGUUUGGCAUCACGGCUCUGGCCAACGGGUUAAUGGACCGGGAGCGGCUGGCCAUCAACUGCCGCCUCGCAGAGAGACGGGGGGAGAGUGGGACCGCGGGCAGCCCGACCUUCUCCCAGUCUUCUGAUGUGUCGGGGUCCCCGGCACAUAGGAAAAGCGCUGAUGGCAGAAUGAGCAAGUCUCCCACAGCGAACAACAGGCCAGCAUCUCAAGAGCCUUUAGCAGCCUUGGUGAAGAUGGAGCAAUCUGAGCCUCCUUCAGCGGCAUCUGUCGCGGGAUUGGCCCAGGACCUGAGAGGGCUACAGCCCGGCAAGAUGUGUGUGAUGAAGGAGGAGAGUCCUUACAGUCUGCCCUUCCUGCUGAGCAGGGAACGAGGUGAAGCUCUCACCAGCCUGGCCAACAGCAUGACGUCAGGACCAAUCAAAACAGAGAUGAACGGACACAGUCAUCCAAUCGACGGACACCAUCACCCUGCCUUCAGCCUCCUGCUCCCUCCAUCGUAUCCUCCAAUCAGCAGCCCGGGAAUGACCAGCUUGCUUGGGCCCGCCCCUCCUCGCCGCACGCCCAAACAGCACAACUGCCACGCCUGCGGGAAGAACUUCUCGUCGGCCAGCGCCCUGCAGAUCCACGAGCGCACGCACACGGGGGAGAAGCCCUUUGUCUGCUCCAUCUGCGGACGAGCCUUCACCACUAAAGGCAACCUGAAGGUCCACAUGGGCACCCACAUGUGGAACAACGCCCCGGCCAGGCGGGGCCGGCGGCUGUCCGUGGAGAACCCCAUCGCGCUGCUGGGGGGGGACCCCAUGAAGUUCGGGGAGAUGUUCCAGAAGGACCUAGCGGCGCGGGCCAUGAACGUGGACCCCGGGUUCUGGAACCGGUACGCCGCCGCCAUCACCACCGGCCUGGCCAUGAAGAACCACCACAACCUCCAAAACAACCACCACAACCACCACAACAACCACCACAACAACCACAACAACCACAACGAGAUCUCAGUCAUCCAGAACCGAGGCAUCCCCCAGCUUCAUGCCAUGACCGCAGCCAUGGACAGAGCCUCCUCUGGGGGGUUGCACGGCAUGAACGGCCUGGGGAAGACGUCGGGUUUGGACCUGGGAGCGGGCAGGCACUUCUCCAUGUUGAUAGACGAUAGCAAGGAAAUCGGGAUCAACUGA